GCAUGGGCAAGGGAGACCCCAACAAGCCGCGGGGCAAGAUGUCCUCGUAUGCCUUCUUCGUGCAGACCUGCCGGGAGGAGCACAAGAAGAAGCACCCGGACUCGUCGGUCAACUUUGCCGAGUUCUCCAAGAAGUGCUCCGAGAGAUGGAAGACCAUGUCUGCAAAGGAAAAGUCGAAGUUCGAAGAUUUGGCCAAGAGCGACAAAACUCGUUAUGACAGGGAGAUGAAGACUUAUGUUCCUCCCAAAGGUGAUAAGACAGGAAAGAAAAAGGAUCCUAAUGCUCCAAAAAGACCGCCGUCUGCCUUCUUCCUGUUUUGCUCUGAACAUCGCCCAAAGAUCAAAAGUGAACACCCAGGCCUGUCUAUUGGAGACUGCAAAAAAUUGGGUGAGAUGUGGUCUGAACAGUCUGCCAAAGAUAAACAACCCUAUGAGCAGAAAGCAGCUAAACUAAAGGAGAAGUAUGAAAAGAAUAUUGCUGCAUACCGUGCCAAGGGUAAAAGUGAAGCAGGAAAGAAGGGUCCUGGUAGGCCAACAGGCUCAAAGAAGAAGAAUGAACCAGAAGAUGAGGAAGUAGAGGAGGAGGAGGAAGACGAAGAUGAUGAUGAUGAUGAGGAUGAAGAAUAAAUGGCUGUCCUAAAAUGUGUGGUGUGUAUGUGCUCAGGCAAUUAUUUUGCUAAGAAUGUGAAAUUCAAGUGCAGCUCAACAUUAGCUUCAGUAUAAAAACUGUACAGAUUUUUGUAUAGCUGAUGAGAUUCUUUGUAGAGAAAUACUUUUUUUAAAAAAAGA